GCCGCGGAGACCCGCGUCAAUCAUCUGCUGAGACAACAAAACACAACUCACUUCUUCUUUCUUUUCAUGUUAUGGCCUUAAACAUUUUUUAUGUGUUAUGGUGAAGCUCCUGAUUAACCUUUCCUCCAUGUGGAUAUUUGUUGCUCUUCUAAUGUGGAUAUUAACGCUUUUUUGACUUUUCAUUUUUGUUUAUUUUUAAAGUAGCCCAGCAAAAGAAAGGUGGUGCGUGUUUGGGCGUGCCUGCCUGCAGCAUGAUGUCUUCUUACCUCAAGCAGGGCCCGUACGCCUGCAUGAACCGCCUGCAGGGCCUGAGCGGGGCCGCCAUGGACCUGUUGCACCCCUCGGUUGGCUUCCCCGGCAACCCGCGCAAGCAGCGCCGUGAGCGGACUACCUUUACACGCACGCAGCUGGACAUCUUGGAGUGUUUGUUCGCCAAGACGCGCUACCCAGACAUCUUCAUGCGUGAGGAGGUGGCACUCAAAAUCAACCUGCCUGAGUCCCGCGUGCAGGUAUGGUUCAAGAACCGGAGGGCCAAAUGUCGUCACCAGCAGCAGAGCAGCAACGGCUCCAAAGCCAAACCACAGAAGAAGAAGUUGUCUCCCACCCGAGAGAGCAGCGGUUCGGAGAGCAGCGGGCAGUUCACACCGCCCGCCGCUCCCACCGCGUCCAGCUCCUUGUCUUCCUCCUCCAUCGCUGUGUCCGUGUCCUCCAUCUGGAGCCCGACGCCCAUCUCGCCCGCCCCGCUGCCGGACCCUCUCGCUCCCACAGUCGGCGCCACCGCGACCUCCUGCAUGCAGCGGGCCGUGUCGUCCGCCGCCCCAGGGGGGACGCCAUCCUACUCAGUUUCUUAUGGCCAGACUGCUGCGGCGGUCUACGGUCAAGGCUUCCCGACCUCGGCGUCCGGUUCCUACUUCGGCAGCGUGGACUGUGGCUCGUACCUAGCGGCCCCCGUACAUGCCCACCACCAUGCCCACCAGCUCAGCCCAAUGGCAGGACAUGGCCAUCACCACAUGGGACAGACGUCGGGCCACCACCACCAUCAUCACCACCACCCGCUGCCCCCACCGCACCCCCACCAGGCGUACGGCACCUCUGGCCUCCCCUUUAACUCAGCCGAGUGUUUGGACUAUAAGGAGCAGCCGGCCACUUCGGCCUGGAAGCUCAACUUCAAUGCCUCUGAAUGUUUGGACUACAAGGAGCAGGCCGCAUGGAGAUUCCAGGUGCUCUGACUUCCUGGUUCUUGGACACCAGGUGGACAUGCCCACGUCUCAGGUCAGAAAGAAGUACAGACAGGUUCAGUCAUCUUCUUCUUGUCCAUAACUCCAGGAAGACUUGGGGAACUUCCUGAGGAACUUCUUCCUUCAGGAACGAAAAAGUCCAUAGACAAUGGGGAGACACCCUUGUCACACGAGGAAGAGGAAGAGAGACAGUUCCAGGAGUCUUCUUUUCAUCCACAACUCUGAAAGGACCUGGGAAAUGAGAGACGAGGUGGACACAGGUGAAGAAGAAGAAGAAGAAGAAGAAGAAGAAGAAGAAGAAGAAGAAGAAGAAACCUAUUUCAAACAACAAGUCGAGAGACAAUGUGAACAUGCCAUGUCUCAGGUGAGGGAGAAGAAGAGGAAACAGUUCCAGCUGUCUUGUAGUUUGCAAACCUGAGAGACUUGAGAAAAACAUCCUAAGGAACUUCUGCUUUCAAGACCAAAAAAAGGCCAGAGACAAGGUGGACACACCCAUGUCUCAGGUGAGGGAGAUGAACUGAAACAGGUCCAGGAUACCUCUUCUUGUCCACAACUCCAACAAGACCUGAGAAGGUUUUCCUGAAGAAAAAAAGGUCCAGAGACAAGGUGGACACACUCAUGUUUCAAGCGAAGAAUAAAAGAAAAGAUAGACAGAUCCAAGAAUCUUCUUCUAAUCUUCAACUCCAAGAAGACUUCAGUAGGUCUUCUUGAGGAUUUUAUUCUUCCAAAAAGUCCAGAGACGAGGUGGACACACUCACAUCUCAGGUAAAUGAGAAGAAGAGCGACAGGUCCAGGAGUCUUCUAGUCUUCUUCUUCUUCUAGUCCACAACUCCAACAGGACCUGAGGUCUACCUAAAGAACAAAAGGUCCAAAGACAAGGUGGACACAUUCAAGUCUCAGGUGAAGAAGAAGAUUUUUUAUUCUACGAGUCCACAAAGCCAACAAGACCUGGGAAAGUCCUCCAAAAGCUCCACAGACAAAGUGGACACGUCCACGUCUCAGGUGAAUAAUAAGAAGAAAGAAGUCCAAAACUAUUCUUCUAAUCCACAACCCCAACAAGAUUUGAGGUAUUCCUGAGGAGCUUAUUUUCUGCGGGACAAAAGGUCCAGAGGCAAGGUGGUGUGCCCACGUCUCAGGGUAAGAAGAUGAUUCAGGAUUCUUUUUGUAGUUCAGACCUCCACAAAGACUUGAGAAGGUCUUGUUGAGGAUGAUGUUCUUCCUUCUCUGAUGCUGCUAAGAUGUCCAGCCUGCAGACUUGUGAAUGGCAACACUUGAUUGUUCACAGCAAUGAUGUUCAUAUUUCUUUUUUCAGACAACAUGUCAUGUCAGUAUUCUGUGAAUAACUACUAUUAAAAUAAAAGUUGGAUUCAAACUA